UGCUUCAUCCUGCUCCAGGGGACCAGAAAGGCAGACAGAAACCCUAGAACAAGUGUGAUUUGGGGGAAAUUUUUCCAACCUUCAAAUUGCAGGGUCAAGAGGAGUUUCAUAGAAGAUCUGUAAACUUUCCUAGCCACAGGCAAGGUUUGAUUUCUUAUCCGUCUUCUCAGCAUUGUAUGAUUACGUAGUAGCUGUUAUUCUAAAACCUCAAUUUAGCCCUCCUUCCGCCAGCUAUGGUUCCCCGUGUAUAUAUAACUCUUAUCUCACUCUCUCUCAACAAUCCUUCGCAUCUCCGCAAACCUACUAUCUUUUACUCAUUAUCUCUUCGCCUAUUCUCUUCCUCGCGACCCAGGAAAUCGGAUUCCGCCGUCGCUCUAUCAGAUUAUUUGAUUAGUCAGCAUCAUUUUUCCCCUGAGAUAGCUCUGAAGGCCUCAUCAUCUAUUCAUUUUGUCAAAAAUCCGAAGCGUUCGGAUUUAAUUCUAUCAUAUCUCAGAGAAAGUGGGUUUACUCAAUCCCACAUCGAGAAACUGGUUAUAAAAGCACCCCGCGUCCUAACCACCAGACUUGACGUUACCAUCAAGCCCAAAAUCAAGAUUUUCCAGGAGUUUGGUUUUGACUCCUCUGAAAUUGCUGAUAUAGUGUCAUCUGAUCCAUGGAUCUUAGGUAGAAGUGCCAAUAAUCAGCUAGGGCCGUCCAUUUCAGCGCUAAAAAGCGUCUUGGGAUCUACUUCGGGCCUUCCUACCUUGUUAAAAAGAUGCGGUUGCUUUUUGAAAUAUAAUUUGGAGAAGACUCUGUUGCCCAAUAUCUUAUUCUUGACUAGUUGUGGGGUUAGUUCUUCACAAAUUGUCAAGUAUCUGUUUAAUUUCCCAAGAUUUUUCCUUCAUAAGCCAGAGAAUGUCAAGGAUUUUGUCAGAAGGGUUGAUGAAAUGGGAAUAGAUAGAAAAUCCAAGAAGUUUCUGGCUGCAACAGUGGUGAUGAGUUCAAUGUCUGUACAAAGUUGGGAGCUCAAGUUGAAGCUUUUUCAGAAUUUGGGGUUAAGCGAAGAUGAUAUUAUGUUUGUAUUUAGAAGGGUACCUCAGGUUUUCUCUAUAUCCCGUAGGAAAAUUAAGGACGUGAUCGAGGUCCUUCUAUGCAAGGGAAAAAUGGAUAUUUCUUCCAUAGUUAACCAUGCAGAGUUGCUCAUUUGCAGUGUAGAAGGCAGGCUUAAACCACGGUUGGAGGUUUUUGAGAUUCUUGAACGCAAGAAUUUGUUAGCGAGAAAACCUAGGCUGACUUCACUUUUCAAGAUUUCAGAUAAAAUGUUCUUAGGCAAGUAUGUGCUUCCAUAUUCGGAUGAACUUGGAGAUGUUCAAUGGCUAAAAGGGGUAAAAAUAAAUGAAUAACUUACUGUUCGGUUUGGAGGCACAUCAACAGGAAGAUGUUACAGAGAGACUUGUGGUCACCUAUGUUCUCUGGAGAGAUCAUGAAGCAGCUCAAGGGGGAAAGGAUAUCAACUUUUAGAGAGUUUAAAAGGUGCUAGAAAUCAUGGCUUGUGUUUAGGUAAUCUUUCUGAGCUACUUCGUGAAGAUAAUCAUUUAUUUGGGAAACAGUAAAGACCAUUUCUGGAAAAUUCUACAAUGCCUUGGUUCGAAGUACAGACACCAUACCUUGAUUUGUGUUAUUGUUAAAUUAAGUAAAAACAGAUCUUAAUUCUUGGUUCAUUAAAUUUGUUGAACAGUUGAAAUUUGAUUUUAGAAAUCUAAUCAUAAAAACAGAUCAGCUAUACCUCGAUCUUGGGUA